AUGUACACCUUCAGCUUCGUUCUCUUGACUUGCAUCGCAGCUGGUCUCUCAGCUUCAGCGGGCCCUGCAAGCUACAACUGCUACGAAGAAGGUGCCUUCAGAUACAUGGACUCGACUUGCAGGACUUUCUACACUUGUACCUUACACAAUUCGGUGCUGGUCAAGACCAAUUGGACCUGCUCCGAAAGGGAAUUGUUCAAUCCGACUUUGGGAAGGUGCCAGAGCAACCAGGAGGCAGUUUGCAUAGACAACAUGUGUGAGAAUCAGUACAAAAAUGCCCAGAUCUUAGAUCCCAAUCAUGAGGACUGUAACAGCUACGUUCAAUGCUUGGGGAUCACUUCUUUUUACCCUGUGGUGCAGAGGUGCCCGGUUGGUCAAUUCUUUGUUGGGCAAGGAUGCGGUGACAAGGAGUUGGCAGUCUGCUAA